AAUUCUCUCGCUUCCCUUCAAGCUCUGCUCCAACGCAGUUUCUGAUCCAGAUCUAUCAAUUUUGUUUAAUUAGUGGUGAUGCUGUUUCUUUGAGGCCAAACCCUAAACUGAUUGGCUUCCUAAGCGGUGACGGUUGUUCUUUGGAAUUGGGCAAUCGUUUAUGUUCCUCUACUGAAAAAUUAGAUUCUGAACUGUGAUUGUGUUUGAGCACCUCAGUUCAGGGUUAGUGGAGCAAUUGUCAUCAUUCAGAGAGACAAAAUGGAGGGAUCCAUGGUCGUGUACACGACCUUGUUGUUUGUUGCGUUGAGUGUUUUACUGGCUUCAUCCUUUGAAACCACUGCUCCUGCCUUUUUGUGGUCAAAUCAUCUUCAUAGAUCAUCAUCACUUGGAGGCAAGGAAAUUGUGGAUUAUCACACCAUUUCCAUGAAGGGUUUAGCAAAAUCUGUUAUGUCUGAGGGAGGCUGGUCGAACUUAAUGUGCUCUGGCAGAAAUCAGGAUGAGUCUGUUGAUAUUGCUCUUGUUUUCAUUGGCAGAAAGUUGAGAUCUUCAGAUAUCUCUAGGACUAAACAUACUGACUCAGCUCUUGUAGAGUUGCUCAAGGUCUCAUUCACAGAGUCAAAUUUCUCCAUGGCAUUCCCUUAUGUUGAUGUGUCAGAGGAAAAUGAGACAUUGGAAAAUUCCUUGAUAUCUGGGUUUCUUGAGAAUUGUGAACAUGGCUUGGAAGUGAGUGAAGUUGCUCUUCUAGGGUCGUGCUCCAUUUGGGGUAAAGAUCUCAAGAAAUUUGUAGAGGUCAACUCAGUCAAGAAUUAUGUAAGUUCAAGGAUGGAAACAAGGCAAAAAGGCAAAACUGAUUUGAUAGUAAUCUGUGAUGAGGAUUCAAUCUCUUCUGAAGAGUUUGGACUGGAUAAUACAGAAGGGAAGCUUUUAGCAGAGGUCAUUGACAAAGUGAAGGAGUCUGGUGCCACGCACACUGUUUUGUAUGCUUCAGACCCACGUAAGUCUUUGCUUCAAUCUGGACACAGGGAUUUGGGAAGAUUUCUUGCUGAAAGUGCCAUUGGAAAUGCUUCCAAUUCGACUUGUGAUAGUGUUUGUCAGAUCAAAUCAUCACUUCUAGAAGGUGUUUUUGUGGCAAUCGUACUCCUCAUAAUUUUGAUUUCGGGUCUGUGCUGUAUGAUGGGUAUCCAAACACCCACCAGGUUUGAGACUCCUCAGGAAUCCUGAAAUGCUAAAGGAAACACAUGAUGCACAUUUUAACUCUAUUAGAACCCAAUGCUUUAUAUUAAACCAGAGACUACUGGGCCUUCAGAAUUGGAAGCUUUCUGCUUAGAGAAGUUAAAAGAGUCACUCAUUUUCAUGCUUCUUUCUUCUUCGUUUUUUUUUUUGGCUUUUCCUUUCCCCCCAUCAUUUCUAUGUAAUUCUACAAAAAUAACCAUCCAUGAAGAGUAGAUGUGCUGUCCCUUCAUUGUUUUAUGCAUCCCUCUUCAAGGAGUGUAUGUGGGUAUAAUGUAUCAUGCAAACUUCACUUUUGACUGUUAUUUUCCUGUUGGGUGUUGUGAUAUUAUCACAAUAUUAUUGUUUGGGAAUGCAUCUUUUAGCAAUUUAUUUGGUUUA